GCCGUGCGGCGGUUAUCGGGGUGCGCAGAGAGCUGCAUGCCCGCCCCGAGCUGCGCUCGCCCUACAGCGCUGCAGACAUCUUGUCUGCGUCCCAGCCGCUGCUCCCCCAUCCGCAGCACCGCCAAGCAUCGCUGCACCGAACUGCCGCCCCACAGCGCGGCCCGCGGGCAUCGGAGGUUCUCGGGGAUGCGGCCGCCUUCGGCUGCGCUCGGAGGGAGCUCCGCUCGGCGCUCGGAUCGCCCUGCAGAGCAGGGAGCUGCUGGCUGAAGCGCGUCCUCACCCGUCGGUCGGGGAAGACACCGUCCCCGAUGGGAGACAGCGUGCUGCCCCCCCCGCGUGGGGACACCGUGCACGGAGACAGCCCCCCGCAGUGUGACCGACCCGUCCUCCCAGCCGUGACCCCCUCCCCAAUGGCCACCCCCCCGCCAGGACAGCUCUGCCCCGUUCCCGCAGCCGUGACCCCCCCAGGACAGCCCAUGUCCCCCAUCCCUGCAGCUGUGGCCCCCUCAGCAGAGAGUGUCCCACCCUGGUGUGACAAGACCCCCCCUGCACCUCCCCAUCCUCCCACUACAGAGCAACCCAAAGAAGAGGCAUCGCCCAGCACCGCCGGCCAGCCGCUGCCUGUCCCCACUGCUCCAUGCCCAGCGGAGACACUGCCCCAUGGAAGCACCCUCAUGGCCCCCACUUCUGGCAAAGGGGCACCCUCUGAUGCCAAGAGCCCCCUGGGCAGCACAGCUCGGCCCCCUAAGGAUGCGCCCCCCAAGGACGUGCCCCCUAAGGACGUGUCCCCCAAGGAUGCACCCUCCAAGGACAUUCACCCCAAGGAUACGCCCUCCAAGGAUGUCCCCCCCAAGGAUGCAUCCCCCAAGGACACACCCUCCAAGGAUGUCGCCCCCAAGGAUGUGCUCCCCAAGGAUGUGACCCCCAAGGAUGUACCCCCCAAGGGUGACCGUGCCACUCCAGCUGCUGCAUCACCAUCUUCAGCCGCCAGCCCCAGGCCCAAGCAAGCAGAUGCUCAGAAGGCCCAGGCACGGCACAGGCAGGCGAAAGAGCGACGAGAGGAACGGGCCAAAUACCUGGCGGCCAAGCGGGCGCUGUGGCUGGAGAAGGAGGAGAAGGCCAAAGUGCUGCGGGAGCGGCAGCUGGAGGAGCGCCGGCGGCGGCUGGAGGAGCAGCGGCUGCGGGCAGAGAAGCGCCGUGCGGUGCUGGAGGAGCGGCAGCGGCAAAAGCUGGAGAAGAACAAGGAGCGCUACGAGGCGGCCAUCCAGCGCUCGGCCAAGAAGACGUGGGCAGAGAUCCGGCAGCAGCGGUGGUCGUGGGCGGGCGCCCUGCACCACGGUUCUGCCGCGCACAAGGAUGGUGCGAGCCGCUGCUCGGUGUCCGCCGUAAACCUCCCCAAACACGUCGACUCUAUAAUCAACAAGCGGCUCUCCAAAUCCUCUGCCACCCUCUGGAACUCUCCCAGUAGAAACCGCAGCCUGCAGCUGAGCCCCUGGGAGAGUAGCAUAGUGGACCGGCUGAUGACGCCCACACUGUCCUUCCUGGCACGCAGCCGCAGCGCCGUGACACUGGCCGGGAAUGGCAAGGAACAGGUGCCCGUGUGCCCCCGCUCGGCCUCUGCCAGCCCCCUCAGCCCCUGCCACAACCACCGCCUGCCGCACCGCUGCUGGGAGAGGCGGAGGGGCACCGCUGGCAGCCCCGAUGUGACACCGCGUCGCCGCGCCGAGUCCUCACCGAAGAAGAAGGAGAAGAAGGAGAAGGAGCGGGAGAAUGCCAAGGAGCGCAGUGCGCUGUCCCACGAGCGCAGCCUCAAGAAGCGGCAGUCACUGCCUGGCGCACAGCCCCGGCUCCUGCCCACAGCUGACAGCAGCCCCGGCCCCAAGAACCGUCCCUCAUCCCCUGCCACCCCCAAAACCCGCCCAGCGUCCCCCAGCCCGGCCCUGGGCUCGCCCCACAAGCCGCCCCUGCCCCGCAGUGCCCACUCCUCCCCCAAGGUGCGGGCCAGGGCGCGGGACGAGCGGGGUGAGCAGGAUGGCCAGGCCAAGGGGCGAGAGAGGAAGGAGGAGGAGAAGGGCCCAGCCACCCCUGAGCCGCCCAGGGUUCCCACGGAGCCGGCAGCAGCCCCCUCGGCCCCCGCAGCCCACAGCCCCCCCAGCAGACCCUCAGCCGGCACUACGGACCGGGAGGAGGCCGCCCGACUGCUGGCAGAGAAGCGACGCCAGGCCCGCGAGCAGCGGGAGCGCGAGGAACGGGAGCGCCGGGAGCAGGAGGAGCAGGAGAGGCGGCUGCAAGAGGAGAGGGCGCAGCGGGCGGCGGAGGAGCAGAGCCGCAGGGAGGCCCUGGCACGGCAACGGGAGGAGGAGCGGCAGCUGCAGGAGGAGCGCGAGGCCCAGGAGAAGGCACGGGCAGAACGGGAGGAGACGGAGCGGCUGCAGAGACAGAGAGAAGAGGCCGAGGCGAAGGCACGCGAAGAGGCUGAGCGGCAGCGCCUGGAGCGGGAGAAGCAUUUCCAGCGUGAGGAGCAGGAGCGGCUGGAGAGAAAGAAGCGCCUGGAGGAGAUCAUGAAGCGGACGCGCAAAUCGGAUGCAUCAGAUGCCAAGAAGAAGGAAGACAAGAAGAUAGUGAACGGGAAAGCAGUUGAGCAGGAGCACAGCACAGGUGGUGAGAAGAGAGCAGGGCCGAUGCCAAAAGCAGAGGAGCUCCCUGAGACGGAGACACCAAGUGCAGGGACGCUGGGGACACUGAAGGGCCCGGCAGGCGAGGGGCUGCAGCCCAGCUCUCCGGCCAAGGAUGUGGCAGCCCCGGUGGUGAACGGCGUGCAGCCCAGCAAGCACGAGAACGGCUUCUCAGGCACCGAGGGCUCCUCAGAGCUGCUGGAGCUCUCCCACCACGGUGGCAGCCCCAGCAGCAUCAUCCCCUUCGGCGACAAGGAGCCUUUCCUCAAGCAGGCGGUCGUAAAACCCCCCCAAGUCACAGAGGUGCUGUGAGGCCCGGCCCUGGCUGAUGUCCCCACGGAGCACCGUGCAGACCCAUAGCUGUUGUCAGCAGGAACACCUCGCUGCUCCCCUCCGCCCGCCCGGCCAUGCCAUGAGGAGCCCGGGCAGCACGAGGCUCCAACAUGGCAGCCGCCAGCCCCGCACCCACACCGGGGCCUCCUGGUUUCUCUCUCAGUUGUUUUUAUUUCGUUUUGUUCAUUUUUUUUUUAAACAAACAAACAAACCAUGCACCUUAUCAGCCUGACGCCCCCGCCCACGCCCGCCCGAGCCACCCCAGACGUGUGCUGUCAUACUGUGGUUAUUUAAUUCGCUGGGUACAAUGUAUGUGAAUACUGUAAAUAGCGCUCGGCCGACACCGGGGGGCUCGGGGCUGCCCGGGGCCCCGCGUCCCCUUUGUCCCCACGCAUGUAUGCGUGCACCCGGGGCUGGGCCGGGCCCACGCUGCUCUCCGUGCCGUUGUGACAGUGUUAUGCAUCCGGACAACCUCUGCGAACAAUAAAAGUGGACAACCACGCAA